AUGUCCUCUGUUUCACCAUCGCCGCCCGCCAGUCGAUCUGGCUCGAUGGGUUCCGGCGAGUCUUCGUCUUCGUCUUCAUCUUUGCCUUCGCCUUCGUUACAGACGGAGAGGCUAACGCAUAUCACGAGCCUGGACGGCCAAGACGAGCUUCUUGGCCGCAUCAGCAAGCAGCUGGGUAGGUCGCGGAAGAUCGCGUGUCUGACUGGGGCUGGUAUCUCGUGCAACGCAGGGAUUCCUGAUUUCCGGUCCUCCGACGGGCUGUACAACCUUGUGAAAGAGGAAUCCUCGCAGUAUUGGUCGAUCAAGUCCGGCAGAGAGAUGUUUGACAUUUCGCUGUUUCGAGACGACUUUAAGAUCUCGAUUUUCGCCAAGUUCAUGGAAAGACUGUACUCGAGUGUGCAGUUGGCGCGGCCGACCAAGACGCACCGGUUCAUAGCGCACCUGAAGAACAGGAACAAGCUGCUGCGCUGCUACACGCAGAACAUUGACGGCCUCGAGGAGGACAUGGGACUCACCAUGUCCAGCAAGAAGCCGUCUUUGCCCUCGUUCAGCUCGCACUGGAAAAACCUGGACGUCGUCCAGUUGCACGGCGACUUGAACACCCUGUCGUGCACCAAGUGCUUCCAGACUUUCCCCUGGGAUAGGUACUGGUCCCGCUGCCUAAGAAGAGGCGAGCUGCCCCUGUGUCCGCAUUGCGAGGCGCUCAUCAACAAGAGGCUGAAUGAAGGGAAGCGGACUCUGGGGUCCAACGUGGGGUUUCUGAGACCGAACAUCGUCUUGUAUGGCGAGAACCACCCUUCGGGUGAGCUGAUCACGCAGGGCCUGAACCUCGACAUCCUAAGGGGCAAUCCGGACCUCUUGAUCAUUAUGGGCACGAGCUUAAAAGUCGAUGGCGUGAAACAACUGGUUAAGAAACUAAGCAGGAAAAUCCACGACCGUGGCGGGCUGAUCAUCCUCGUAAACAAGAGCCCCAUCGGCGACUCGCCUUGGCACGGCAUCAUCGACUACCAGAUCCAUUCGGACUGCGACCGGUGGGUCUCGUUCCUCGAGUCCCAGAUCCCGGACUUCUUCAAGACGCAAGACCAAGUCGAUAGGCUAAGGCAGUUGAAGAGAGAGGCCAGCGACCUGAGAAAGAUGAUGAAGGCUCAAAAGGACCCGAUCAACACGCCCCCCACUACCCCUCUUAGAACCGCACUGCAGCCCGCUGCACACGCCCACAACGAGUUGAACAUGCGAAUAAAGUCACUGAACAAAAUAAAGAGGAAACUACUGUCUCCGGAGAACUCCAGUGAAGAAGACGAGGAGGAAACCGCGGAUUCCAAGAAACGCGCCAAAAUACGACCAACACCAGCGGCGGACGUUAAAUGUUCAUUGACCCAGUAG